AUGAGAUCGCUUCACUUCAUCUUCGUUCUCCUCGCCAGCACCAUAUGUCUUUCUUUUGCUGCCGUGGCAGGCAAUCAAGUUGCUCAGGCACACUGGGAUAUUUCAACUUCACUCAACGGCUUCUCCUUCGAAAGAGCCAGAGCCAUCUCCGCCAAAUCUAUUGAUCGCACCGGUGUUCGCAUGUCGCGACUCAAGAGCCUCAAGAACAAGACUAACUCAUAUCCGAGAUCUGCUCUCUCCCAUCUGACACGAACCCAUCUCGCAGCAGCCGGAAAGAGUACCGUCCCUCACCAAAACAUUUCUGCUGUCGGGAGCUUCUCCACUGCGUAUGCUAUCCAGUGCGCCUGGGACGACACUCCGGUUUGGCUCAUCUUCGACACCGGAAGCUCUGAUACAUGGGCUGCCAAGACUGGAUUCACCUGUGAGGAUGCAUCGGGCAACGUGAGGAAAACCCAAUCUCCAUGCAGUUUCGGUGAACCUCAUAUCGAGAACUUCAUUCAUGGUAUCUCUGAAGUCUACUUUCAUCGCCGUUAUGGUUCUGGAGAGGAUGUAUCAGGCCCCAUGGGAGUCUCUGAUAUCGCUUGUGGUGGGAUUUUGGUCCCCAAACAGCAAGUCGGCUUGGCCAGCAGAGCUUAUUGGCGUGGCGACAACACCACUGUUGGUAUUCUAGGCCUUGCCUAUCCAUCUCUAACAAGCGCCUACCUCGGUGACCCCAGCGACACAUCCGAUGAAUCUGAAUGGAACAAUUACCCUUACUCGCCUUGGUUUACCACAGCAAUCUCAAAGGGCGUUGUCGAUCCUAUCUUCAGCGUUUCUAUCGAAAGAAACACCAGUGAUGGCAUCCUGGCUUGGGGCGGCCUUCCUCCUAUGCCAUGGGGACCCAAGUCGUUUGCAGCAACAGAUCUCAUCAUUGCCAAACUCGUUGAGCGUGAGAAGACUGCCUGGGAACCGUCUUUCUACACCAUCAUUCCGGAUGGCUUACAAUGGGGAAGCACAACAGACACCGCAAGAUACCCCUACAUCGUCGACACGGGGACCACAAUGAUGCAUAUCCCUCCUCUAUUGGCUGAAGCCAUUGCCAAAGCUUUCCAGCCCCCAGCCACGUGGAUGUUUGAGUGGAGUGCCUACUUUGCCGAUUGCGAUGCCAUCCCUCCCCAUUUUGCGGUCAUCAUCAAAGGGGUUCGGUUCUGGAUCAACCCAGCUGAUUUGAUCUAUCAGAAUUUCACCGAGCCGGUGACUGGGAAAUGUGCAAUCGCAAUUUCGACAGGAGGAUCUGGGCCAUAUAUUCUGGGGGAUCUGUUCUUGCAGAACGUUGUGGCUGUCUUUGAUGUGGGUGGCGCAGAGAUGCGUUUCUACUCCAAAUAA